AUGGCGCGGGUGUCUGGCCUGGGAAUUUCGUUGCUGGAGAACCCAAGCCACUUCGGCCACCCGCUCGGCUUCCAGGUGCAAUUCGAGUGUGGGGAGGCGUUGCCUCAUGAUUUGGAGUGGAAGAUCAUCUAUGUGGGCUCUGCAGAGAGUGAGGAAUAUGACCAAAUUCUUGACUCAGUGCUGGUGGGACCUGUUCCAGCUGGGAGGCAUAUGUCUGUGUUUGAAGCCAAUGGCCCCAACCCUGAUCUAAUCCCUGAAAGUGAUGCUGUGGGAGUUACAGUAAUACUUAUCACUUGUACCUAUCUGGGCCAAGAAUUCAUCCGCAUUGGAUACUAUGUCAACAAUGAAUAUAUGGAUCCUGAGCUAAGAGAGAACCCACCCCUCAAGCCAGUCUUCUCCCAGCUACAGAGGAAUAUCCUGGCAUCCAACCCCAGAGUCACCCGUUUCCACAUCAGUUGGGAUGGUCCUAGAGACCAGAUGGACAAUAUUGAAAAUGUAGACCCAGAACCUGAUAGCUUCCUGCCUCCUAGCUGUGCCUACAUCAAAGGGUUGGUCCAUUCCAUGGGUCUGCAACCAGAGAAUUCCAUGGACUGUAUGUGAUCCAAACACAAUAAUGUUGAGGACCCUGCGCAGUGAAGAGCAGUUGACAAGUUUUUGUGGGAGAUGUAGGAGGAAUUUGGGAUAAUGAAGCAACUGAUAUGUCUAUGGAGAUUGACAAAUGAGAGUCCUUUUCGUGUUGGGGUUUGUAACAGAUCUACAGGUCUGUUCUGUCAUAGUAUUUCUUCAUUGAUACUUGGGUCCUCCUGCCACUGACCCUUGAUAGGCACCUAGUCUAGCUGCAUAAACAAGAACCCUGUGUUUCCCUCCUUUGUUCCAGGUCUCCAGAAGGCUGAGCAAUGGGAGCUUCCUUGUUAUUUUGAGCACCCAUUUCCUGGGAAUCUAGCAUAUAGGCGCCUUCUUUUCGAGACAGUUUUCUGUUGCAACACAGCUAAGUCUUGAUGAGUUGCUGCUGGCAGAAUAGCUAGCACUUGCAGUCAGGUCUUGAUGCCUCUCAGGAGUUG